CAUCAUUCAAUAACGUUUAAUUAAAAUCAAGUGCAGGGCCGGAUUUAAGAAGAUGGCGGCCCCCUCAUUUAUGGUUCUUUGGACCCAAACAUACACAGCACAAUUUUAUGGUUGCAAUAGUCGAUCAGCUAACUUCUUGUCUGCCUUUCUGGAGGACAGACAAGAGUGAUGGCCAGACGCCACCACAGAAGGAACUCUGCUGUAGUCUCUGUUACUGAUGCUGGCUUAUUGCUCCUUCACAUCUCUGUGUCUCUCCAGGUCAAAGUCCAUUGAUGCUUAUUUGAGGGGRGUGGGGGCGGUGGUGAUGUGUAGAUGUCCGUUUACAACACUGAAGCUGUUUGAAAACUUGAGUUUCAAAAAUAAAUUUAAAACAACUGACAGUGUUAGUGUUUCACCUGAGUUCAGUUUUUAUYUAGGCUCACUUUGGAGAACGUUACAGACAAGCUGUAUUCRUUUUCAUUUUAAAACUUAUGACUGCUUUUGCUUUAGURAUAGGAGAUUGUCACUUUCUCACCUCGCUAGUAACACCAGCCUGGUCUUGCGCUUGGAAGGCCAUUGAUGGAUUAAUUACCAAACUAGAUUUAGUUCCAUGCUUCACUGACAAUAUAUAUGAGCUGAAGGUGUCAGAAUUUGGUCUGUGUGCUUUAUGACACCUGCAAAAUUCAAUAAAUCAGCUUUUCUUCAGAAAAAUGACCUUAUCUUACCUUAUAUUACUUGUAUAACUUACACUGACAGUUGUGUUGCYAUUAUGGUAAAGACUUGUUCUCCAAUAUUGACCUAGCAUAUCUUUUUGAGCAACUGCAACCACUGUGGGGUACAUAAGCAAGGGCUUACCAUGUUAUACAGGUACGCGCCCCAGCAAUCUGGCCCACUGCUCAUGACACAAAGUGGAAAAUAUUAUUUAUUGAACAUUGGUUUCUAAAGCCUUCAGACUUUUUGAACUUGAGUGUUUCAGUUAUACAAAUGAGCUCUACGUGUAACAUAGGCUACUCUGCUUUGCCACUUUAAAGGUCAUUAAAGGAGCCGAUGUCUGCAGCUGCAAGCUUUAAAUAAAUAAGUCUGCCCUGUUGAGAAGCAAGUUCUCACAGUUUGUCUCGUUAAUAUCGCUGCRCUUCUUAUGCCUUAUGGAAUAAGAAAAAUACGCUUUGAACUGUGGGAGUCAGAACUGACAAACUGACUGAGCGAUUCUGUCUCUCUGGUUGCUCUCAUCUACCGCAAGAUUCCUAAGAAACCUGACUGGGUGCUUUUCUGCUCAACGCCAUUAAAACGAGGAGCUCGCACUCAACCAUCACAAAAAAUGUUGAUAAAAUAGCGGCAGAUAUUUUAAAUUCAGUGCAAGUCUAAUGAGUUCAUGUUAAUAACAAAAAGGUCAAUUUCUUUUGCGAUGAAAUGUAAUAUGCUGCUAUAAAGAUCAUUUACAAAUAUGUAUAUUUUUGGCAUUAAAUUAAAAAUGUCAUUAAAAAAAAGUACAUUCUUCCAUUUGCUUUUUAAGAACAUCACCAGUCUGGACGGCUUUCAGGUGACAAUAAUAACAUGAUUAGUUUUAACUUUCCGUACAAACAGAAACGUUUCUCAGAAGAUCUGAUUGGUCUGCUGGGCCGGUGGGAUUAAAGGAUUAAAGCAAGUCACACAUACAGGUUGCUCUAAAACCAAACGGCAAAAAGGACCUUGKAUUCAAAUCUCAAGUACACAAGUAGCUGKUWACAAAUMUUUCUUYUGUUUAUUUGUGAUUUUAAAGGUAAUGAUUAGAAAGCCGGGAGUGCUAGGCUUUUAGAAUUAGGAGAUAGAUAAAGCAAACAAUAAUGGCUCUUUUAUUUUACAUUUUUAAUAAUAAAACCCUCACUUUAAUGUUCUAGUUGGAAAGAUUUCCUCAACAAGUGAAAAUGUAACAAAUUUACAUCACUAUAAAUCUUCAAUCAAACAUUGGCAAACAUGUAUAAAUAAAACUCAUAAAAUAUGACAGAAUUAAUAUUCACAAGAAAAUGAAUAUUCCAGACUGCCCCAUUGAAAUUGCUUUCAUUUCCUUAAAUUGUUGUUUUUACAAAAACCUUCCUUAUUGGCGCAAAUUACCCUAUGGUAAAAAAUGAAUGUUUUAAUUUUGUUGACAAAAAGGACUAAGACCGAGUCCAAAUCAGGCACAAUGAAUAUGAGCUGAAAGGCAAUUUUUACGUUCAUAAAAGCACACACAUCUCAAUUAUGUGUAAAAGAAAUAUUUACCACUUAAAGGGGUUCAUUUGUGUGAUUCAUUUGACAAAUUUUAAAAUCAAACUACGUUCUUUAAAUAUGUUUUUGUGUGUAGAUUUCAAAUGYAUUUAAACUUGGCCAAUUUGAGAUUGACCAUCGACUCUUUAGACCAAAUACUGAGAAAUUUGGAUGUUAUUUUUUUGUUUGUUUCUUAUUUACGUCUCUUUUCCAUUUAUGCCAAACCAAAAGAAUUCAACUUUCUUGAAAACAAAAACAUCAAACACAACACAUAUGCGUUGAUAAAACCAAGAAAAGCCUGAUCCAUUGUUUUUUUCUUAAUAGUUCUGUUGUUUAUUUAUCAUUAUUUGAAUGAGUAUAAGGAAACUAUAUACAUUUUAAGCCGGCAAAAGUACAUUUUCUUUGUUCUGUCAAUACGUAGGAGACGGUAUCUGCUUAGAAAAAAAGGGUGAAGUUGAAAUGAACACUUCUACAGUCUUAUGUUUCCUAUUUGUUUGACGGGGUUGCUUCUUUUUUUCUUGGCAAAUAACUGAAAUAAGUAAAGGUAAAUCCAAARAAAUAUGUAGGAAGCAUACAAAUGCAAUGCAAAUGCAGCUUCAUUUCAUGUGGCCUACAACAAUCCCCACCGAAGCGCCGCGCUGUCCACAGUGCUGAAAUCCGUGCGUCUGAAUCUCAGGAGGGAGCCUUUCGGAGCUCCACRCCCCCCUCCUGCCCCCCUUGUGUGUUUGUGUGCUGAACGCUGACGAGUGUCACCUCACGGGUGUGUUUUCCAGGCUGAAGCUCUCCUCUGGGGGAGCGCCGACUUGUCACCCGAGCUGCAGAAACAGUUUCCACCUUCAUAUCACUUCCUCCCCGACUUCCCCUCCUGCCUGUUUGCUCUCAUUUCCUGUCAUGCUUGACUUCAGUGUAAGCCUUUUUUUUUUUUUUUCCCCCACCGCAGCCGGAAGAUUUUCCUUCUUUGGCUGCUUUAGGAGCCCAAUCUGCUUAACAGUAUCUGUUAAGUCAUGCAUGUUUGCUCGGGGCCACGCGUCUCUUGCUUGUCAAAAGUCCCAGAAACAGAAACGGAAUACGGGACAUGUUUUGAAUCCGUCUUUGGCCCACUGAUCCAGUUGGUCAUGUGAGUUUGCCUUUUGAGGCCACGGAGUUCAUUAGGUGGCUCUAUCGGUUUCAAUCAGCAGCUCUGCKGUAAGCGCGCUCGGCUCGCCAUAUGUCUCCUCGGUCAAAUGGAGACUGCUGCCCCCCCAGCCCUCUGACCACUCGAACCGGGUUUCACCGGCUUACUGUGGCUUUAGCAGCAUCUGUGCAGCAAAUUUAGGGCACUGCCGUCUGCUUUGUCUGACUGGUGGUUUAAACCAGCAAAGCGGAGCGGUGGUGUUCAGUUGCGCGGGUUUACUGCGCCCUGAAACCACCGCUGCGGUGUCCGCAAUGACGCCAAGCAUCAGGAGUAGCGAAGGAAUGGAGAGGCAAAGAGUGGAAGAAGAAGAGGUGAAAUUUGAAGAGAGUGAAAUGAUUCCGAAGUCGGGAAAAUCUCCGGCAGACUCCAGGAAAACGGUCGGCAUCCAUGAAUUUGCAGCGCUCGCCAGAUCCUCGUUGAAUGGCAUCUCUCAGGCGGUGAGGGACCAUGUGACGAAGCCCACCUCCCUGGCCCAGGGCCGGGUCGCCCACCUCAUAGAGUGGAAAGGCUGGCCGAAGCCUACGGGUCCUCCACCAGGCACUCACUCCCAGUUCAACUCUUACUGCCGUCUGACCGAAGGGGAGAAGGAGGCUCGGUUUGCUGCAGGAGUGGCCGAGCAGUUUGCAAUUGCCGAGGCCAAGCUGCGUGCCUGGGCGUCGCUAGAUGAUGACGAGGAGGACGAGGACGACUUCAAUGAUGAAGAAUCCCACGCCAACGGACAGACUUGCAGCUUAUCCACAGAGAAUCCAGACGCCGCCAUGUCCGAACCAAUCAGCGGAGCACCGUGCCAGCCUGAGACGCAAGACGUCGAGGUGCCACAGUCUGUUCGUCCCGUAGGCUCCGUCUGCAGCGGCGGCCCUUUCCAAGACAGGCCUCCGACUGACCACGACCUCCAGAGCGGCUCACCCUCUUCGCGCGGCGACUGCAKGUGUCCAUUCCUGGAGGAAGAGGARGAGCGGCUGCACGGUCUGGUGGAGCAGCUGACUCCCCUGCAGCAGCGCGGCGAGGUCUGCGUCCACAGCAAGCCGGAGUGGCGGCCCCGGAACCGAAGCAGCAGGUUCGACUCCUGCUACUCCACCUCUCACUCCGAGUCCCCCGGAGAGGAGGACGAGGAAGACGAGGAGGAGGAGGGCAGCGUGUUUCACGAGGUGCGGGUGUGGCACUSCAGCCCCAGAGGCUUCUUCUCCGACCGGGGGUCUUCCGGAGUGGCGUCUUUCGACGAAGAGGAGCAGCGGGAGGAGGUAGAAGAGGAGGAGGAGAAGAAGGAAGAGAAGGAGUAUUUGAUGUGAUGUAUCGUCCAUGUUUAUGUCUUUCUGAGUCGAUGUUGAUUCCGAUACGACAUAGAUCUAGUCCGAUGACAUUGUGAACCUCUUCAUCUCCUCCUCCCCUCUUCCCGCCGCCUCUCCUCCUCCGGAGGCCUUUCAUCUGUCAACCCUCCAGGCCUUCUACUGAUCUCCUCCCACAGGUUAUCGCUGCCGUAAACAGUACACGUGUCGGAGUUUAAUCAGGAUGUAAAGCUGUUGUUCAAACUGAGUUUUGUAUAUUUUUGUGAAGAGUCAUGUGCUGUUCAUUUGUUGUUUUUGUUUUUUCUAUGGAUGUUUUGUAGUGCGGUUUAUUUUCCAGCUCGUCCUGUGUCACAUGGGUUUGAUAUGGAAAGCAUGAGUGUUCUGCAUACAGCAUAUAAAUAUGAUUUUUGAAACAAGA